AUGCAUGUUACACAAGCUGUUUCGUAAACUUUAAAAGCAUAUGUUACGUGCACAUUCAGACAAACGGUGGUGAGGGUACUCACAUCGGUGCAUCUAGGUCGGAUCAUUUAAUUUCUACAUACAGAUACUGGUGUCAGCUCUGUGCUGUGUCCCACCAGGUGGCAGUGAUGUGGGGCUCAGGCAUGUUGAUCCUCCUGGUUGGAAUCUGGCAUCAGUCCCACGCCCAGAGCUCCGAGCCCAUGUUUCAGGUGGUAACGCAGACGAUGCUCCCUCCCGACAGUCUGCACAAUCCCACGCAGCUCAACUAUGGGAUGGCUGUGACAGACGUGGAUGGCGAUGGUGACCUGGAGGUGGUCGUGGCAGGGUACGAUGGGCCCAACCUGGUGCUGAAGUACGAUCGCACUCAAAACAGGCUGAUAAACAUUGCAGUUGAUGACAGUAACUCUCCAUACUACGCCCUGAGGGACCGGGCAGGGGCUGCUAUUGGAGUUACCGCCUGUGAUGUGGACGGAGACGGACGUGAGGAGAUCUACUUCCUCAACACAAACAACGCCUACUCUGGAAGGGCGACCUACUCAGACAAGCUCUUCAAGUUUCGGAACGGCCGCUUUGAAGACCUUCUGAGCGACGAGCUCAAUGUGCGUCGUGGAGUCGCUAAUCGCAUGGCAGGACGCUCAGUUGCAUGUAUUGACAGGAAGGGAACAGGCCGUUACUCAAUAUAUGUUGCCAACUACGCCAGUGGCAACGUUGGUCCCCACGCUCUCUUGGAAAUGGACGAAGCUGCCAGUGAUGUGAACGCGGGCAUUAUCGCGCUGUCGGAUGUGGCUGCCGUGGCCGGGGUCAACAUGUUUACAGGUGGACGUGGGGUGGUGAUCGGACCGAUCCUGAGCGAGUCGAGGUCGGAUGUGUUCUGUGACAACGAAAACGGACCCAACUUCCUGUUCAAGAAUAAUGGAGACGGGACUUUUGUCGAUGUGGCCAGACGGGCAGGUGUGGAGGACAGGUACCAGCACGGCAGAGGCGUAGCACUGGCUGACUUCAAUGGCGAUGGGAAGACAGAUAUUGUGUACGGCAACUGGAACGGCCCCCACAGACUUUUCCUGCAGGGCAGCGACUCUACAUUCCGGAACAUUGCUACUGGAAGAUUUGCUGAUUCCUCGCCCAUUCGCACAGUCAUCGCUGCCGACUUCGACAAUGACAAGGAGCUGGACGUGUUUUUCAACAAUAUUGCCUACAGGGGCAGUUCCCCCAACAGGCUGUUCAGGGUGUUGAGGAGGGCCGGUGCAGAUCCUUUGAUCCAGCAGCUGAACGUGGGUGACGCUGCAGAGCCACAGGGCCGAGGAACAGGUGGCACUGUGACAGACUUGGAUGGGGACGGACAGCUGGACCUGCUGCUGGCACACGGGGAGAGUGCCCAGCAGCCCAUCUCUGUCUUCAAGGUCACACAGGGCUCGUCCAACAAAUGGCUGCGGGUCGUCCCUCGCACCCAGUUUGGCUCUUUCGCUCGGGGAGCCAAGGUCACGGCCUUCACCAGCCAGAGCGGAGCUCACACGCGCAUCAUUGAUGGAGGCUCAGGGUACCUGUGUGAGAUGGAGCCUGUGGCACACUUUGGUUUAGGAAGCGAUGAGGUGACGGUACUGGAGGUCUCCUGGCCAGACGGCACCUCCAUCUCUCGAAGCCUCCAGCCGGGUGAGAUGAACUCGGUGGUGGAAGUAGCCUAUCCCAAAGAAGGGGAAACGACUACGCUUGCAAACAACACGCAGUGUGGUAAAGGUUACGCUGUCAAGAAUGGCCGCUGCGCAGGUCUGUGAGGAUAAUCAGACGAAAAACAGCACAAAAUCAGUCAGACAUACAGUAAUGUUACAGAACACAUGGUUUUAAAACAGUAAGGCAGAGGUAUUGUUGUUUCUUUUACUCUAUGAGUAGUUUUAAUAGUUUUCUUUCUUUAUUCUCUUUUCAUUAUUUUCUUUUAGUUGUACUGCUGUAGUUGCUGUUUUUCUCCAGUGCCGAUGUAAGCUUGCUAAAUAAACCGCUACAAUUUAA